GCUCCGCGGGUUGGCGGGGUGGGCUCGGGUCCGCGCGCGUAGCGGCGGAGCGCAGGGGGCGGGAAGGAACCUGCUGCCGCCGCGGCCGCCCCGCCGCUCUCAGGGCGCGCGGCGUCUCUCCCGCCCGGGCCGCUCGCUCCAUGUCGCUCCGUUGCGGAAGUGUCGCGGGGAAAGGCGGCGGAGGCUUCGAGCGCUGGAGGCCGGGGCUCGGCGCCCUGCAGCACUGAGUGCCGGGAGCCGCGCGCCCCAGCGGCCCCGCUGCCCGUGCGCCCCGCGCCCUCCGCAGCCUGCAUGCCCCGCGCCGCGCCCGGCCGCCGCCGACUGCUGCUCUCAUCGCCGCUGCCGGGCGCCGGAGUAAUAUGCUCACUCGAGUGAAAUCUGCCGUGGCCAAUUUCAUGGGCGGCAUCAUGGCUGGCAGCUCAGGCUCCGAGCACGGCGGCGGCGGCUGUGGAGGCUCGGACCUGCCCCUGCGCUUCCCCUACGGGCGGCCGGAGUUCCUCGGGCUGUCUCAGGACGAGGUGGAGUGCAGCGCGGACCACAUCGCACGCCCCAUCCUCAUCCUCAAGGAGACCAGGCGGCUGCCCUGGGCCACUGGCUACGCAGAGGAAGAAGGACGUGAAAGGAUGAUGACAGAGAAGCCACCAUGGAGCCCAAGCAUAGCAGUACAGUUGGAUUUCACAAGGGACUGCAACCUCGUAGCAUUCAGCCACCCAGGAACGAGGGUUAUCAAUGCUGGGAAGAGCACACACAAUGAAGACCAAGCCAGCUGUGAGGUGCUGAAUGUGAAGAAGAAAGCCGGGGCCGUUACCUCAACCCCAAACAGGAACUCCAGGAGACGGUCCUCCCUUCCCAACGGGGAGGGCCUGCAGCUCAAGGAGAACUCAGAGUCCGAGGGUGUCUCCUGCCACUACUGGUCGCUGUUUGAUGGUCACGCGGGGUCCGGGGCCGCUGUGGUGGCAUCGCGACUGCUGCAGCACCAUGUCACAGAGCAGCUCCAGGAUAUCGUGGAGAUCCUGAAGAACUCAGCCGUCCUGCCGCCCACCUGCCUGGGCGAGGAGCCGGAGAACACGCCCGCCAACAGCAGGACUCUGACGAGAGCCGCCUCCCUGCGCGGUGGGGUGGGCGCCCCGGGCUCGCCCAGCACCCCGCCCACGCGCUUCUUCACUGAGAAGAAGAUCCCGCACGAGGGCCUGGUCAUCGGGGCCCUGGAAAGCGCCUUCAAGGAGAUGGACCUACAAAUAGAACGCGAGAGGAGCUCGUAUAAUAUAUCCGGUGGCUGCACAGCCCUCAUUGUGAUUUGCCUUUUGGGGAAGCUGUAUGUGGCAAAUGCUGGGGACAGCAGGGCCAUCAUCAUCAGAAAUGGAGAAAUCAUCCCCAUGUCUUCGGAAUUCACCCCUGAGACUGAGCGCCAGAGACUUCAGUACCUGGCAUUCAUGCAGCCUCACUUGCUGGGAAAUGAAUUCACACAUUUGGAGUUUCCAAGGAGAGUACAGAGAAAGGAACUUGGAAAGAAGAUGCUGUACAGGGACUUCAAUAUGACAGGCUGGGCAUACAAAACCAUUGAGGAUGAUGACUUGAAGUUUCCUCUUAUAUAUGGCGAAGGCAAGAAGGCUCGGGUAAUGGCAACUAUUGGAGUGACCAGGGGACUUGGGGACCAUGACCUGAAGGUGCAUGACUCCAACAUCUACAUAAAACCAUUCCUGUCUUCAGCUCCAGAGGUAAGAGUCUAUGAUCUCUACAAAUAUGAUCACGGAGCAGAUGAUGUGCUGAUCUUGGCCACAGAUGGACUUUGGGAUGUUCUAUCAAAUGAAGAAGUAGCAGAAGCAGUCACUCAGUUUCUUCCUAACUGUGAUCCAGAUGAUCCUCACAGGUACACGCUAGCAGCUCAGGACCUGGUGAUGCGUGCCCGAGGUGUCCUGAAGGACAGGGGAUGGCGGAUAUCGAAUGACCGGCUGGGCUCGGGAGAUGACAUUUCUGUAUAUGUCAUUCCUUUAAUACAUGGAAACGAACUGUCAUGAAAGUGACCCCCGGGGACUGGGAGGACAGAGGGAAAGAAAAUGGGGAUGCUUCUGGGCAGAGCAGAACUGGGAGGUGCCCGGCUGAGUUCAGGUAAUGCAGUUUCUUCCCAGCCCAGAUGGGGAGUUUGCUGCCAAAAAGCCACUGGCUGUGCUUCAAGGUGACCCUUAGGUUUCCAUUUCUUUUUUAGUAACAGGUCUGGACACUCAACUAGAGCGAAACAGGGAACCUGUUACAGAGUGUUGUAUCUCCAUUGGCUUCUUUUAUAGGCCUCCCAGGCAGCUCUUGCCCAUCUGGGAGCACAUCCAUCAUAUAUAUUUUACCUACAGUAGAUGAGACAACCAUUUUUAGAUGGCAGAAAACCCCUCAGCCUGUCACGCUGCCAACUUCUCUCCGGGUUCAAAGUGCUGCAUUGGAAAGGUGGGGGUCACACCUCAAAGUAUGAGCACCUACAUUCUAGUAAGCUCAAGAUUUAUUUCAGGGAUUGCUGGCUUUCCCUUCUUUCCCCCACCUCUUUCCUUCUGUUUCUUUUUAUUCUUUUGUGGUGAUGGUAGGGGAAGGCUGAGAUUUUUUUUCUUUCCAACAUUCCUUGAAUCUCUAGUUUCCCUCCCAGGGAAUAGGACUGGGAUUUUCCAACUCCUGGCUGAGGGAUUUCUGUGUUAAAGUCCAACCCGGGCUGGAUUGUCCACAUCUCCUGUGGCCCACACCACCCAGGCAGCCAUCUGGAGCAGUGCCCUGCCUGACACUGUGUCUUUGUUGUGUAACGUUUGUUCCUGAGUUCCAUUUUCUCACCAAAUCAGUGUGUUUUCUUGAAAAUAGGGGUGUUCUUUGGACCACUAGCUCCUCUAUUAUCUUCAGCAGUCUCCUUGGGUAGCUUGUGGUCGCACUGUGAGAGUCUAGAUUUUCAUUUCUGGAAUGGUUGGCUUCUCUCACCUGCUGUGUCAUGAGAAUCGACACAAAGCAGUGUUUAAUGGACCGGUUUAAGAGGCUCUUGUAUCAGUGGGUUUGCCAUACCUCAUUUGAGGACAGUUUCAGAUUCAGGUUUCAUGGACUGUGAUUGUCCUCUAGCUCACUCCAAGCAAAGUAUGUGUAUCAGAGUUCUGUGAGCCGUAGCAAAUCUCUUUCCAUCAUCUUUGGGGAAGGCGCACUCAGGAUGCCACUUGAGUAAAAGUGAAUUUGAAGUUGAGUCCUUCUCAUGCUGUUUUCCCUGCUCCUUUUCCAGAGAAUCAUGCUGUAGCUCCCUAGAAAUGGAGACCCUUGUUCCCACAGGGGCUCCACCUCUGUGUGUGCCUCGCAAACACAACAGUAGCAGACACCUCGCCACCAUGAACACCCACUACUUCUGUGCCAGGAGGAAUGCCAAGACAAAAUCUCUUUCGUCUCCUAGGCAGACUGCUCCUGCAUACCGAAGGGCCUAGUAGAGCAACACUUAAAUGCAAAGUUCUCUUCCUGUGGACCUUCUGUGGUGUCAUUACCAUUUUGACAACUUUGUGUAAUUCAAACACUCUCCCAACCCAAAAGAGAUAAAGGUCAUUCAUGUGACUCCCCAGAAGUGCUGCAGAGUCAAUUCUAGUUCUUGUGUUUGUUUAAAUUCCUUCCCCAGAGGAGAAAAUAGGAACCUUUCCUCCAGGGUAGUAAGUCACUUAAAUUCCUGGAGUUGUAGAUAUUUUUGUAGGACAGAUCUGGAACCUUCCUGCUCAGGAAUGAAUUCGUUGCACAGUGUGGAAUCAAUGCCAUGUCUGGCAGGUAAAAUACUAUGGGAAUUUUCUCCAUCAGGUGUUUACCAACAUGUUGCCUGAGAAGAAAUGGGCUGUUACCUUCUCAGGAGUCCUCUUCAUCAGACAGCAUUCCCUACUCCUUCAGGAAGCCUUAGCUACCCCCAAACAUCUCUCUCAGCAAACCAUUUUCUUCCCUGGCAGAAUAUGAUGCCAUGGGAACACUCUCAGGCAUCAUACAACAGUGUGGUCCCCUUUCUGCUCCUGCACUGACUCUCAAAGUCACAUAGAAAUUGGAAACUUGGGCAGGGGAUUUAGCUCAGUGGUGCUGCUGCCUGCCUCACAAGCACAAGGUCCUGAGUUCAAUCCCCAGUACCAAAAAAACAAAAACAAAAACAAAAACAAAAAAAGAAAUUGGAAACUUGAGAAAGUCUUCCAUGAGGACCCUGCGCUGCCUUCUUUGGGAUCUUUCCCGUUUCUGCCCUCUUUUUUUUCCUCCUCCUCCCCCCUUUUUUCUCUUCUUUCUUCUCCUCCUCUUCCUCCUUUUCCUUCUCUUUUGCUUUCCUGGACUUCUCUCUGGGCCCUACCUUGAGCUUCUCUAGUCUUAUUUAAGCUAUCAGAGUCAGAAUUUCAAUGUAGAUGUCCUGACAACUUUCUACUGGGUUCACCAAUUCCUUUACUGCCAAGGCAUGUCUCAGGAAAAACUUUGGAAACCUCUCAUUCAAAUAAUCCUAAAACCUUGAGCAUUUCGUCCUGUUGGUUUUAGUAACAAAGGUAGCUAGGAAUUCUUUUCUUACGUCUACUUGGAUAGAAAGGUCAUAAUAGCAAUCUAAAGCCAUGUUUGUAUUUGGGGGAUAGAAAAAAGACUACAAAUGAGGUGAAUACAUCAGAAGCCGAAAAAGUAAUUUGUUAAUGCCUAUGGCAGGGCUACCCAGCACUGAUAUGACUCUGUGCAUUUAGCUUACUCCGCUUGGCCUUAUUUUUCAUGCAGGGCCCAAGUUACCCUACCCCACAACAGUAACCAUCUACAUAAUAGGUUGGCAGUUGGUGCAUUCUUGGAAAGGUCAAAAAGCUCACUCAUAAUCCUGUAGAACAUACUUAUAUGUGGUUCUGAAACCUUGUGUAUCUGACUUAUAGCCAAAUCUGCUUGUCCUGAUAGCCUCAGAGGAAGUCUUGUGUAAUUAAAACGCCUUUGAUUUCCUAGUUGGGUCUUUAUGGUUGUCCUGGGGGUUGUGUGACCACUUCCUUUAAUGAAAGGCUCUUUCAGCUCAAAAUGUCUUUGCUAGGCUGACCCCUGCUCUUUGGACUAGUUGGCAACACUCUUGCUUAGAGUGUGAACUCACAGUCCCGCCAUCCUCUGCAGCAUCUUGCCAGACAACCCCAUCGAAGCUUCAUCUUGUAACAUCCAGAGUCAGAGCAGGACCAGUAGGCAGAGAGGUGGAGGGAGUUCCGCUGUGGCUUCCAAGGAAGGAAGAGGAGAGAAUUUGGCUAGGCCAAGCACUCACUUGUCUGAUGGGAGCUUAAAAAGUGAGAAUUUCCAUUCUUUUCUAUAGUAUUCAGCUUUGCAGGAUCUGGAGUGUUCAUUUCUUAAAUUCCUAGCAACUUACCUCCAUGGGGCUAUGUGAAGUCAGCCGUGCCCACAUUCUCUUACUCUUCUCUGUAAGGAUUUAUUUAUCUUGAGGGAGGAAUUACAGCCAUAAGUAGAUAUUGGUGGGCAACAAUGAGUCCCAGGACCCAGAUUUAGCCCCACAUGUUAGCCAUUUGGACAGGGUUGUCAGUGUACCAAAAACACUAGUGUGGAAUCACCUGGGACACGUCUCCCACGUCUUUUACAUCGGAUCCUCCUCUUGAUGUCCCUUUCCUUGUCUCCAUUCCUACCUCCUUCCUCAUCUGCUUUUCCACCCUAACCAUAAGGCCACAAGUGGUCAAUGGUUUUCUUUCCACCAGUUUGAGGAUCUAACUUUUCCUUAAGAGAUCCACCUUUUUCAGAGUAUGUUAAGCUUUGGUGGGAUUUUCAUUUCAGUAGGAUAGUGCUUCUGGAGCAGAUGGAGAAAGCAGUGAGAUUCAUUGUCUAUGCAUGACCCUAAAAGUUACCAGAUUUAAGAAAAGAGUAAAACAGUCUCUGGCCACAGCACAGAAUCUUACGUUAAAAACUUGGAUUUUGAUGACAUACAAGAGUGGAGAAGUGGAGCAGCCUGCACAGAACAGCCCACCUCUCUGAAAACUUGGGUUUUGUGUGGCAGUGCACCGUAUCUGUGUACACUGGGAUUUUCAAAGGACACUACAGGAACGCCCUGACUUGUCUCUGAUGUGAGCCCCAUGGCUCUUCGACAAAUGUGAGUGUCAGUUUGAGAAAGACUGCUCUUUCUGAUCCACAGUGUCAUUUGUGUAAAUAGCUUUAAUUUUUCCUGUGUGUCUUAGAUAAAGUUUUGUUCAUGUAGCAACCAGGUAGACAGUGACCAAAUAUGGCUAUACAUGUGCUAUUGUUUCCCACUGUGGUAUACCUGAAGAAGGAGAGCCUUGUGUCCUCUACUCUUGUGAUUGCCCAUGAGUACUUUGUGUUUGUUUGGGGAGUCCUGAGAUUAUUCUUUCACUCCUGUUUUGCCUCCAAACUUCUUUGUUUCUGUGGAGACUUAAGGAGGCCCAUGGUGAGGAUCAUUUGUAAGGAAUAUGUAUGACAUCGUCUGUUUCCAAAACUACCCUGCGUACAGUAAAUUGAGAGCAAUCUGCCUGAAAAUGGUUUCAGAACCAUGUACCUUCAUGCUUUGUGAUUGUGAAACAUUGACUUUUGUAACCCCCAAAUGAAAAUUGUUUAGUAAAGGGGAUCUAUUUUGUGUGUUUUGAAACUUAGGUGCAAUGUCCCCUGGGAAAAGCUAAAGAACUGUAUAUGUUCAAUGACAUUUUAAAAUAAAAUACUAUAUAUAUGUACAUAGGA